GGAUGACGGAGGAAGAAGAGCUGCGCACACAAUGCACAGCAGCACGGCUGACAAGGGUUGUGUCUGCCUCAUUUUCACCGUUAAUUCCCAGUUCGGUGGAAACUUGCGAAAGAGCAGCAGCGGCGCCUCUCUGCUUUCUUCUCUCUACACAUUUGGAGUCCGGGCUCAGCGACGUCGCCCGAGCGGAAGCGGCGCUCAUACGGUUCAACUUCUUCCAAACAUUGGAUUAUAAAGAGGAGGAGGAGGAGGGGGGGGGGCUUAAUGAAGGAGAACACCAGCCCGACGGGGGCUCGAGUGCCGACACCCUGUAAAUCGACACCGAGGCUUUCAAAUCUGGGCCUCGGGAGGUUUUUCUAGUUGCCAACGGAGAACGGCGGGAGGAGUCGCUUGAUACGGCGAGACGGUAUUGCCCUGCGCUCGUUUCGCGGCGUAAAAUCCGCGCGUGUGAUAUUAGGCUUCCUUUAAAUCUGACGGGCUUCUGGCGGAAGGCUAACCGGCUAACAGCUAGCCGCAGCGCUAACGACGUUACGUCUUUCUUUUGAUGAAUUCAGACAUCACCGUCGGCCGUUAGCGCUUCAACGGGAGGAAUAUUUGCUAUUUUUCGGCGGAUGGACGCACGUCGAGGUCUACUGCUCGACCUGUCAGUCGUUGUGCCCCUUUCUAAGCAUAUAGGCACAAUGCCUCGGUUCCGCGUAUAAAUACGGUGGUUUCGCUUUAGCUAUGCUAUCCGACACAGCUAAACACUGACCAACGAGUUCUACUACUUGCAGUUAAUUAGCCUGUUACAUCCGCAUUCAUUAACUUCGGGGCCGUCAACGUUAAAGCUGCGACCUUAAUGUUGAAUAUUAUUGGAGGUGAUUGCUUAUCGGCCUUGCUAACCAGCCAGUCGUAUGUCAUAUAUAUAUAUAUUUUUGGCUAAUAAAUUGGUCAGCGAAUACAGAAACAUAAAUCUAGAGAAAAAUCGGAUUUGUUCCGCAAAGGAUGGCUGAUGUCGGCGUGCUUUUUGUUUUGUAAUACAUAGGCAGUGUGUUUCGGCCUGCCUGUCGCUUAUCAAGACUUGUCCUUUUUUUUCUUUUUUUUUUUGUUGUUUACAUGCGUCUCGUUAGCUCCCGUUAGCCUCGGAGGAGACGCCGUCAGCUAUGUCCUGACAUCUGCGUGACGUUCCGGACGUUCGAUAUCCCCACGCGGAUCCGCGCCCGUGUUCAUACGCCGUGAGAUGACACUAAAAUUCCGCAAAAAGAAAGGCGCUGGUGCCAGCAGACUGUUGUCAGGGGACGGUAAAUAAUAGCCACUGGUUCCAUUAACGCCAUUUUGACAGGGGCUCCCUCUUAGGGCCUGUGUCUGAGGUGGUUGUUUUUUUUUUUUCUCCCCUCUCUUUUCCUCCUUUUUUUUUUUUUUUUACAUUUACGGUUCGGUGCCUUUCUGCCGGACCGGGACUGAAAUAAAGUGCCUUUGGUCCCGUUGGAGCUACAAAAGGGAGGCGGCCUCGGAGCAUGGAGGGUCCGAGCCGAAGCGCCGGGAUGAGAAAGAGCCGACGGUCCCGUUCGCAGCGCGACAGGGAGCUGAGGCGGCGGAGGAGGGUGAACCUGGCCGAGGAGCGGGCCACGUCCCUGUCCUCGGGCUCCGACCGAGAGGGCCGAGGGACGAACGGCGUCCUGGGUCCCAACGGCGUCCUGAGGCCCGCGUCCGGGAGACACAGGCCCCCGCGCCGGAGGAAGAGGGAGUCGGUGUCCUGCGAGGAGGAGAUCAUUGACGGCUUCGCCAUCGCGAGCUUCAUCAGCUUGGAGGCACUGGAGAUGGAUUGCUCCCUGAAGCCCAGUCAGCGCACCGACAUGCUGGGAAGGCGGAACAAGGGGAAGAGGGGCCCCGAGGAGAACGGCGACGGGCUGCUGUCGGAGCCCGAGGAAGGGGUCCCGCACAGCUACUCCAGCAGCUACUUGAAGAGGAGAAGCAAGAGAAGAAAGAUAGAGGGUUCUCUUUUGGAGACAGGCUACAUUUGCGACACAGAGAGCGAUACAGGAGAUAAGGCCUCCGACAAUGAAAUGGAUCCAGUGUUCACAGUCAGCACCAGAAAAGCUGUGGAUCCAUCCCCAUCAACCCUGGGCACGUCCGCCAAAAGCUGCCCCCCGCCGCCGGCGCGCUGCGGCGGCAUCUCGCGGCUAAUGGUGACCCCGCGAGUGUCGGGCCUGGAGCGAAGUCAGGAGAAAAGCCUGGAGCCACACUUCCCGGAGCCCGUUUCCUCUUCUACCUCUUCUGGUCCCGUCUCCUGCUUGUCUUCCCGCUCCUCGUUCACGGCCUCCGUCGCCGUCCCCCGGCCCAGUCCGGUCAACGGGAACGGCGCUCGCCACAACGGCAGCCCCCCCCUCUCCAAGCCCUCGUUCGUGUGUCUGUCUCCGUCCAUGUAUAACAGCAGCAGCGCCCCAGUCAAGCUUCCAUCGUCUGCUUCAUCCGUGGCCGCCUCCUCGCCCUCCAUGCGCCCUCCGACUCCUUCCACCAGUGUGUCUCUGCCCUACAGUCGGGGCUCGGGCUCCUCGGGGCCUCUCCGACCCCCGUCCCGAGCCGGCUCCGGGCCCCUGUUCACGUCCGCCCCUGGCCUGCCUCCACCGCCACCUCUGCUUCCUCCUGCCCACUCAGCAGCUGCAGCAGAGCGCGAGGGCCGACGCAGCGUGCCGGGGGCUGAGAACAGCUCGGCGGCGGCGGCGGCGGGCCGCAACACUCCCGGCGGUCCGUCGGCGGCGAACUCGACGUCGAGCUCCUCCGGCAGGACGUCCCAGAACCAGACGAGCGUCCCGCCGUUGGCCUUCCAGUUCCACCAGCACAACCACCAGCACCAACACACGCACACUCACCAACACUUCCCGGCGCCCUUCCUGCACCCGACGGCCACGGCGCAGCCCCUGUUUGAGAAGUUUCCAGGCAAAAUGGAGGGACUUUACCGGCACUCUUUCUUCCCACAAUACCCUCCACCCUCAGUGUCAGGUAUUCCGCCUGUUAUUCCUCCUGCCGGGCCCUUCAGCUCUUUGCAAGGAGCAUUUCAGCCAAAGCCUCUUGUCCCUCAGGGAACGGCGCCUGAUCUAACAGCACGACUCGGGGUUGUGCCUCACCACCUGCAGACCAAAGACCACAGGGCUGACAACUUUUGCAAAGGCAUUAUGCUCCACAGAGGAGCAAAGCUUAAAAAACCAGGAAAAUGGUGCGCUAUGCAUGUUCACGUGGCCUGGAUGAUUUUAAGCCAUCAGAGAAGAGUGAAGAUGAUGCAGGCUGAUCCUCACAAGCUGGACUUCCGGAGUGACCCGCUGUCCCGUUACUCUGGAGCUGUGGGCCUGGGAGGAGUCUUGCCCCCGACUCAUGAUUUGACUAGACCACCCAGUCUUUUCCCAGCUGCAGGUGCAGUCAAUCCGUCUUCAGCACCUUUCAUCUCCCCAUCAGCGUCGCAUUCCUCUUUCCUUCCACCGGGUGCACACUUAGAUCCUUAUGGUCGAUCCCCUCCGUUUGCUCCACUGGGAGCCCUCGGUUCUGGUGCCUUUGGAGGACUUGGCAGCCCAGCACUGGCUGGCUCUGUGUUUAGCCCUAAAGACCCUCCACCCGGCGCGGUUGGGGGCUUGCCCACCUCCAACCAUCACGACGCGUGGAGCCGUCUGCACGGUGGUUCUUCGGGGUUCCCCGGGGCUCCCUGGAUUAAAGCAGCGGACAAAAGGGACGAGAGGGACCGAGGGAAGGAUAUGGAGAGGAGAGACAUGCCGCACAUUAAGGACGAGAAGGACAGAGACAGUUUGGUGUACGGCCGGCAGCCUGUGAGAAUGUCUCCGGUGGGUCUCCCCUUCAAGCCCCGCAGUAGCACCCCGGUCAGCCACAUCAACGGCCACAGCAGCGCCCUGGGAGCGAGCGGCGCAGCCAUGGAGGACCUGACCAGGGGCUUAAACAGAGACCGCGAGCGGGACAGAGAUGGAGACAAGAGGCCGUUGCCCUCAAUGUCCUCCAGGGGUCCUCUGGUGUCGUCGUCUUUAGUAGCAGACAGGGACAGGCCGCGGUCGUCUUCGUCCUCCGUGCUGGCGACUCCGCCUCCCUCGCACCGCUCCAUACCGUCUCCCAUGGACCUCUAUCCCCGCUCCCAAGCCCAGGCGGCACAGAACCUCCACAACGAUCAUUCCCAAAGAGACGGUAACCUCCCCGCUUCCUCCGCAGCGUCCUCCUCCGUGUCUUCUUUGUCCCACGGCAAGAAGUCCGACCGCACCACGACGCCCGUGUCCAAAUCCGCCCUGCUCCUGCCGCCGGUUAAAGUCAAGGAGGAGAGGAAAGAGGAGCCGGAGCACAUCCCCAUCACCCUGCCGCCUCCGGCGCCCAGCCACACCUUCGACCGCCCCAACAGCCAUCCACACCACCCCAGUUCUGGCACCCCGUCAUCUUGCUCCUUGUCCCUGACUCCGACUCCUGGCGUCCCCCUCCCACCGCAUACACCCAACCCUCCUCCCCAGCUCCCGAUGCUGGACCGCUCCAGGGCGAUCGAAGCGAUCCUGGGGAGCCCGGCGGGGAUGGCGGGACUGAUGGUGGGCUCGGCGGGAGAGCGGUUUUCACACGGACCUCCUCCGGGGCCGUCGCAGGGUCCGCACAGCUUCCCCUGGGACCCCUGGAUGGCUCACCAGCAGCACCAGCAGCAUCAGCAGCAGCAGAGGGAGGCCAUGGCACUUCGCUCGGAUCCACACCUGGCCCUGAGAUCCGAUCCGCAUCUAAUGCGUCUUUUCCAACAUCAGAGGCACAUCAUGGAAGCAGAGAGGGCGGCGGCCAUCGCUGCGGCGGCCGUGGCCGGACCUCAGCACCCUCCCACGUCUACCUCCGCCGCCUCCUCCGGUGUCCGCCCGGAGUUCGGCCACAUGUCCUUUCACCGCGGGCUGUUAAACGAGGAGCGGAGAGCCCAGAUGCUAAGGGAAAUGGAGGGCCCUCCCUACUUUGCCAUGCUCCCUCACAAUUCUCAUCUGUUGAGCCCCUCCCACGCCGCAGCCGCCGCCGCGGCCGCCGCUCACCUGGAUCAGCUCCACCCCGACCUUCUCUCUCACUCGCUGCCGUCAGGAGCCGGGGGUCCCUCCCAGCACCACCCUAACCUCUACUCCCGUCUAGGUUCCAUCAACCCACACCCCAUGUCCAACGGCAUCCUCGCAAAGGAUCUGCUGGGGGCUCUGCCGGUGGGGGCGCCGCCGCCGCUCAUCCCGUCCAUCGCCAGCCGCUCGGCCACGCCGCCCCGCGCUUCCAGACUGGGAGGGCCAGGUGAGCUGGCGCUGUACAGCACCCACAAAGACGGGGAGUCCAGAUAGUACUGGGACUACACUGGAGGAGACGAAGGGAAAUGUCAGGAUCACUGUGCUGCUCUAAAACUGCCCCCCCCCCCCUUUUUUUUUCCUCCUGCAGACUACUAAAGCCCUGCCUUCCCAGUUACACAACCAGACCGGCUCCAGCCGUCACACACGUUUAAAGCAAAGACAACAAGAACGAGAAGAAAAAGAAAAAAAACAGAGUGAACUUGACUGGCUGGAGCUGACUGGAUGAAAUCAAAAAGACUUGGAAUAUGCUCAGUGGUUUAUCAGUGCAAUUUAAAGGUACAUGGUUUCUGUGCAUCCUUGAUGUGUUCUUGUUUUAUAUGGACUGGCGGUAAUUAGUGCUCAGAUUUGAAAGCUGCAGGAAGAGGCAGAGGACAGCGUUAUUUUGUUUGUUUUUUUUACUUUUAUUUUCUCAUUUAUCAGGUGAAUUUUUUUAAUUCAUGCUCUUAGGCAAGCCUUUUUCAAGGUGGAUUGGGAUUGAUCUCCUUUAAAGACGUUCGUCCUUAACUUGGUUAACUUAUAAGAUCUCUUCAUGCCCUCUUCAACUUAAACCAGGUAUUUUUACAUGGGUUGUUUAGAGAGAGAGGAAAAAAAAAAAGGUAAAGUGGUGUUUUUUUUUUUUUUUUGUUCUUGUUUCCUUUUUUUUCUGCACCCCUCAUCAUGAGCAGAUUUGCUGGUGAGACCACCGAUUCUGAUCUGUAAGCAUCUUACCUCAGUUUACCGCUUGGCCCCGGUCUUUCCUCGUAACGAGACGCGUCCACGUUCCGCUGGCGUCUCCUGUCGAAACGGACUGUGCCACGCCCGUGUGAGGGCAACGCGGCGUUUUUAGAGCUUCCUGUAACUGUUCUCCCAGUUUCCUCUAAAUCUGUAAGAGCAGGUCCAGAUUAUAGUAGUUUAGAGAAAUUGCCUUUGUAAUUAUUAUACUUAACAUUAAUUAUCUUCUAUAAUAAUAAAUAUAUUCAUUGUUAUGUUAUUUGUCUUCGUUUUGGUUACCAACCAGCACUCUUUUCCCCCCUAGGUAGGAAAAAGGCUUGCUUCAUGGACCGCUUUUUAAAUGCUUGUGAACAUUAAGCCUUAUCCAUUGCAACCUCUGGCCUCUGCAAGGAACUGAGCUGCGAUUAUUAAGCUGAGAGCAAAGUUUGCCUGUGACUCACUGGUUAUGUGCUAUCUGUUGGGACCGCGGGAGCCUUGUAUAUUGAACUGUCGAGUUGGUUCGUCAACGCAAAAAAAUAAAUUAUAUACACGGAUUAGUGGGACGUCUGCUGAGAAAGUGAAAAAAAAAAAAAAAAAAAAAACGGGAAAAAAAAACAUUUAAAAAUAUAGAGACUGGUGUCAAAAGGCAAUUAGAGACGGUGGAUAUCCUGAGAGGGGGGGAAAAGACUGGGUCGAUUAUUUUAAUAUGACCGUUUUAUACCUUUCAAACCCUCCCCUAGAGACCACAAAGAAUAAUUAUUAAAUGAAUUGUUGUCUA